GAUCAGCAGUAGGCAUACCGACAACUUGGCUUGGAAAGGUCGAGUCAACGAAGGCUUCGUGAGGUACCACGAUGAGAUUUGUAUCUGUAGCGACCUGAACUACGACAUUCUCGACAUUGUGAACGUGGACGAAAGAGGUGUGCCCUUUGGGCAACUGCUCCGCACAUUAGGUGCUCAGUCCCGAAUUGACUUUGUGUUGUUUGCGUCGCCUUCCAUGCAAACCACGGACGACAGAGCCGCGGAACUUGCCUCUGAGCUCGACUUAUCCAUGAAGGACUUGGACAUGCAUGCCAUUGAGAACGUAAAAAGGUACGAGGCCCUGGGUCCAGAAAACUUGCCAAGCAAAUUGCUGAUGGCCAUCUCGUACUUCCGCAAGCGCAACUCUGCCCUCUACACGCAAGGACUGCCCCUCCAAGUUGGCCACGCCGAGGUUCGAUGGGAGGAGGUGGGGCACCGUACAUGGGAAGGAGAACAUGCACGCGCUUUUUUCGGAUACUGGGGACACGCCGCACGCUAUGACUUGUUUGCCUCCAUUCCCAUCGCCGUCAUGUUGCGUGUUCGGGGCCCGGAGUGGCAUUUUGCGAAUGGGCCUUUUGUGCGUAGGUUGGUAGGCAGAACCAAGAGCCUGUGUGCAGAUGUUAGUCGCUUCCUGCAGAACGCGUGGGAAAAGUAUCUCAAGGACACUGGUGCCUCUCCACCGACCUCGUGGCUACGAGGAGCGUCAGACAGAGACACGUGGAAGGCUUUUACACAGCAUUGGACUACACAAACCGGAGUCCAAAGCAACAAGUUUUACAGUGAACCACCAGAAGCCGUAGAUUUGCGUGGAUGUCAGCUUGUCCAACAUGGGGACAAGUUCAGUCUCUUGCAUACGGGACACCCACCAAUUGAGGAACCUUUUGCUGUCUCAUUUCUGAGACUGAGCGAGGCCCCCGACUCAGGACCUGACGACCACGACGAAGAACAUGUACUGCGUGUCUACUCGGAUGGGAGUGCGUCGAACAACCGCAAGGGCCAGGCGGGCGAUGGUGGAGGAGCCGUUGUCCUUCUGCCCCCUUAUGGGGACACAAGCAAGAUGACUGUUUGUCACUUCAAAAUCCGCAGGCCCUGCACCAACAUACAAGCUGAACUCCAAGCUGCAGCCCAGGCACUUCGCAUGAUCAGGACCUUUCGCCUGAAGCAUCCCCACAUUCCGGUAUGCUACUGCACUGACUCCCAGUACGUCCUGCAAAUCUUGGAAGGCGCCUUUCAGGGGACCCACUAUGCCUCUGUAACGAACGAAAUCAUCUGUCUUUGGAGCGAACUCUGUGUCACAGUGGAAGCACGACAUGUCAAGGCCCAUAGCAACAUUUUACUCAACGAAGUAGCUGACCGUUUCGCAAAGAUCGCCAUGGAUCACGGGGACAAUCAGGCCGCGCGCACUCAAUUCGCAGGGAUGAGCCAGGCUGGCAACACCGUGGACUACAUGCAAGACUUCGUGCAGAAGGCGCACGCGGUGGCCGUACUCCCCCAGACCUCCACUUUGGGGUUGUUCGCCAUCAUGGGUGUGGUCGGCCUGGUCAUCCUAUGGGGCUUUCAGAGUAGCUUCCUCCGAAGCCUCAUGACGAGUCUGCAGGGGAGUGUCAAAGUCCAUAUCACCAACAUCAUGGAAGACACGCAGAAGCUCCUGCUCGACUACGUCAAGGAACACCUUGGAGCACGCAUAGAAGAGCUUGCAGCUAAGGUGGAGACACUUGAGCAGAGAGAGGCCUCCCCACCUGACACCGAAGCGCUCCAAAGCAAACUCGCCGCCGACACCGAGGCACUCCAAAGCAAGCUCGCUGCCGACACCGAGGCACUCCAAAGCAAGCUCGCUGCCCUUGAGAAGGCGGUAAAGGACCUGGCCGCAGGCCCAGCUGCCCUCGACGUCAGUGGUCUUGGUUCAGACAUUUGGGACAGUCUUCGGCCCGUCCUGUCCCAGUGGAGCCAGGGACAGACGUCGAAGAUGCAGAAGGCAGUGGAGGACUGGCUCAAGGACAAGGCCACUGCCCCAUCCUCAAGCAAGGACGGCAGCCCGGACGCCAGUGAAGAGAUCAAGCAGCUCAAGGACUCCAUGAAAGCGGUCCAGACACUCGCGAAACACUUGUGUGACGAGAAGCAUACGGCCUUGACCGACAUGCUUCAAGAAGUGCAAAAGUUGGCCAAUGACAAGCACGCGGAGGCCCAGGCCAGUGCCAACGAGAAGCACGCCGCCCUCGUCACCAAGGUGGACAACGUCACGGGCUACCUCAGGGAAGACCACGCGCUCAUCGUGCGCCUCAAGGACAAGAAUGAGGAGCUCAGCAAGGACGCGCUGGGGCACAGGUCGGCCAUCUUGGCGGAGAUCAAGAAUGUGACCCCGGUCAUCAGAAGGGGCGCUGACAUGAUCGAGAGGACCCUGAACCUCUUGGCCAAGGGCGACCCCAGCCCGUGGGAACAGGAGCUCAAGAAGGUGGCGGACGACACGAGCCACACGCUCCAUUGGGUCGCCGGGCAGGAGGAGGAGCUCCAGAGUAAGGUCACAAAGAUUGAGUCCUUGAUCACAGGCCUCUUGGACAACGUCAACCUUGGACAAGCACAGUGA